AUGACUUCCCAUGAAGCGUCUGACAGCAACGCGCACAAGAACGAAAUUACCUUAGACGCAACGACGCAAGAAGAUGAAGACAAUGGCACGGUCCAUGCCCGAGCAGAUGUUGAGAUAUUAGACAAACAAUCUAAGGCCCGAAGUGGGAUCACCACCACCAUUGAACGGACCCCAACAAAUGACCGACCAUAUUCAUCAUUCACAACUCGACAAAAGGCCACUCCACAAGACGGGACAGAGAAGGAGAAGGCCAAUAUCCGAAAGCGCAAAUGGGACGUCCUUGCCUCCCCAACCAUUGUCAGUGAUCCAGAGACUGCAAUCUUGCUCUUGUACAUGGGUAUCAUCUACACAGGCUUCUACGCCAUCUCCGCCAGUCUCACGGUACAAUUCCACAAUAUCUACGGCCUGAGCAGUACGCUGCAAGGAUUUCUCUUCAUCCCUCAGGUUGUAGGGACCAUCUUGGCAACGAUAACUAAUACGAGGAUUCUCGAUGGAAAUUUCAGGAGACAUGCACUCAAAGCUGGAUUGGAAGUUGACCGCAAGAGACAAGGCGAUUUGACCAAGAUGCCGAUCGAGCGAGCCAGAUUGGAGAUCGGAAUGCCCUUCUUCGCCUUCGGGGGCCAUUUUCACCAUCGUCUAUGGAUGGCUUUUGGAACGGCCAGGUAUACCACGAUGGUCGGGUUCAAUACCCUCAGCGUCCUGGUCAUUAACCUACACCGGAAAAGGGCCGCGACGGCCAGCGCUGCGUCGAAUCUUGUCCGGUGCCUCUUGGGUGCGGGCGCGAGCGCAGCGACGAAUCCAAUGAUUGAGGCGAUGAGAAACGGCUGGACUCUCACGUUGGUUGGGUUAGUCGAGUUGGCUACACUGCCGCUGUUGGUGGUGAUGAUCAAAGUCGGUUGA